AAAAUGCAAGAUGGGAAAACAAGUAAUGGCUGUAAACCGAUCAGUCGCCGCUGUGAUGGCCACCGUCUAGUCGAUGAGUAUAAAAGAAGUGGAUCGCAACUUAGUUGGAUAUAUUCAUCGCUGAGCUCCAGUGAGGAACAAUGAAAGCUUCGUCGUUGAUUUGUGUGGUGGUCUUGGUGGCUGCAGCCAGCGCUGCUCCCCAGUAUCCAAUCCUUUCUCCCAUUGGUUUUCCCUUUUUACCUGUGCAGCCGGGCUCACAGGAUCUAUUUGGCCGUCUUAUUCCUGGCGGAUUUCUUUAUCCCGGCCAAGGAAACAUGCCGAUUGGUUCUUGGCCAUGGGGGUUGAUGAACCCAAUGCCUUCCUACCCCACCGAUCCUCGUUUUAUUGUUUAUCCCGGCACCGGAUUCCCAGUCAGCAAUGACGACUCCAAGUUGGUUUCCAUUAAGGAGAUCAAACCCAUCACCCCGAUCGUUCCACCCGCUAAAGUUGAGGACACUCCCAUUGAAUCUAAGCCAACAGAAUUAUUAUCCCCCACCCCAACUGUUGCAAUUCCUCGUUGCAAUAAGGACAAUCGUAAGCGCCGUUCAACUCCCGAAGACCCACCACCCGAUGUUUUUUUUAUGGUAGGAAGUGACCAUGCCUACCCGAAUCAGUACCCAUUUAUGGUGGCACUUGUCGAAUUGAAUGAUGACACCAAGAGACACGAGUUAGCCUGUGGUGGAUCUUUGAUUAGCCCAAAUAAAAUCCUGACAGCUGCCCAUUGCGUAACCGAAUUUAAGAAAACCACCCGUUUACCUGCAAGCCGAUUUAAAGUAAAGCUUGGCAUGCACUUCUUGAACAAGACGACAAACGACGCCCAGCUGUCAAGGAAUGUCAAAAAAAUUAAGAUCCACGAGGAAUACGAUGCUGUGAAUGUUUACAACGACAUCGCCAUUCUGACGCUGAGUUCACCCGUGGAAUACACGGACACCAUUUCCCCCGUUUGUCUGGUGCCGGAGUGUUUCGACGACGAUGAUAAUCAACAAGUGAUUGCCAUGGGAUGGGGCAACACGAAAUCAGGUGGAAAGGAUUCUGAUUACCUGAGACACGCCUUUCUUUCGACGGUUCCGUUCUCAAAGUGCCAGAAAAAAUGGGGGGAUGAAAUCGACGAAGAUCAGAUGCUUUGUGCCUUUAAAAAAGGUCAAGAUACCUGCCAAAAUGACAGCGGCGGCCCGUUGGUAAUGGAAUUCUCAGAUGAUUCGUCAUGUCGUUUUAUGCAAAUUGGAGUCGUCAGUUUUGGAGACGGGUGUGGCACUAGUACAGCCCCCGGUGUUUACGCGCGAGUUAAAAACUAUUUGCCUUGGAUUGAAGAAAACACGAAUUAGUGCAGACAUCUCAAUAUUCCGUCAUAAACGUUCGCAUUUCUUCAAGUUGUAUGCGAAGUGUUGUGCAAUCCUUGACUCAACCGACCGACCCAUUUACGUCCCGAAAUCCCGAUUAAUGGCCAAAUUGAUUUCUUUUUCCAGUGGUGCUGCUUCCAAUUACUUUUCACUUUUUCAAUUUCAUCUUAUUAGCUGUGUGAAAUGCAAUAAACCACUUUGCUUGAA